AGCAAUGGAGAAUGUCACUACAAUGAAUGAGUUUCUUCUACUUGGCCUGACUGGUGCUCAGGAGCUGCAGCCUCUCUUCUUUGGGAUUUUCUUAAUCAUUUACCUGAUAAACUUGAUUGGAAAUGGAUCUAUAUUGGUGAUGGUUGUUUUGGAACCACAACUCCAUUCCCCCAUGUAUUUUUUUCUGGGAAACCUUUCUUGUCUGGAUAUUUGCUAUUCUUCAGUGACACUACCCAAGCUGCUCGUAAACCUCGUCUCCACUCGCAGGGCUAUAUCUUUUCUAGGCUGUAUCACCCAGCUACACUUCUUCCACUUUCUGGGAAGUACAGAGGCCAUUUUACUGGCUAUCAUGGCCUUUGACCGUUUUGUUGCUAUCUGCAAUCCUCUCCACUACACUGUCAUCAUGAACCCCCAGGUGUGUAUUCUGUUGGCGUCUGGGGCAUGGCUCAUCAGCUUCUUUUAUGCUCUGAUGCAUUCUGUCAUGACUGCACACCUGAGUUUUUGUGGCUCUCAGAAACUCAAUCACUUCUUCUGCGAUGUCAAGCCGCUCUUAGAACUGGCCUGUAGUAACACACUACUCAAUCAAUGGCUUCUUUCCAUUGUCACAGGCAGCAUAUCCAUGGGAGGGUUCUUUCUGACUCUUCUCUCCUACUUCUAUAUAAUUGGCUUCCUUCUGUUUAAGAACAGGUCCUGCAGAAUACUCCAUAAGGCUCUGUCCACUUGUGCCUCCCAUUUUAUGGUGGUAUGUCUUUUCUAUGGACCUGUGGGCCUCACAUAUAUUCGUCCUGCUUCAGCCACCUUCAUGAUUCAGGACUGGAUAAUGGCCAUCAUAUAUAGCACCAUCACCCCUGUCCUGAACCCAUUGAUCUACACCCUUAGGAACAAAGAAGUGAUGAUGGCUCUGAAGAAAAUCUUUGGGAGGAAGUUGUUUAAAGACUGGCAGCAGCACCACUAGGACUAAUGAGGGAUAUCUGAUUUCUAUUGAGUGAUUUCCAUCACUUCACUGUAAGAAAUGAUUAGUUUACUUGGUUUUUAUUUUUCUUUCAAAAAUUUUGAGCACAUAUUAUAUUAGGCAGUGUAGUAGGUUCAAGAAACAGAGGAGCGAGCAAAACAAAUUCCAUAAUGUCAUCAAACUUAAAGUUUAAUGUGAUGGAGGCCCAAAAUAACCAAACGCAU